AUGGGGUGGAAGGAAGGGUGUAGAAGGAUCAUAUGCAUUGAUGCUGCAUUUUUGAAGAUAUUCCUUGGUGGUCAGAUCUUGCCUGCAGCAGGGAGGGAUGCCAAUGAGCAAAUGUUCCCAAUUGCUUGGGCUGCAGUUGAGGGAGAAAAUAAUUCAUCUUGGGUCUGGUUCAUCACUCACCUCCAGAGUUGCCUUGACUUGGGAGAUGGUAGUGGAUUGACCAUUUUUAGCGAUGAGCAUCUUGAUAUACUACAUGAUGUGGCCACUGUGUUGCCAAAGGCAGAGCAUAGGCAUUGUGCUCGCCAUGUCUUUGCACAAUGGCAUAAGCAUUUUAGGGGAGAUGACAUGAAGUUGAAAUUCUGGAGCAUAGCUAAAUCUUAUAGCAUGGCUGGCUACAAUGACUCAUUAGAUGAAUUAGAGAAAGAAAAUGUUGAUGCCGCAGCUUCUUUUAAGGCAUAUAACCCAGCUUGCUUUUGUAGGGCUUUCAUGAGCGAUGAUAUUAGAUCUGAUGCAAUAACUAAUAACAUGGCAGAAACAUUUAAUGGUUAUAUAGUCAAUGCUAGGACCAAACACCUAAUUUACAUGUUGGAGGAUAUUAGGGUUGCCCUAAUGCAAAGGCUAGUGACCAAAGUACAUGAAAUGGAGAAGUGUAAUUCAGUGUUAUGCCCCAGGAUACAAGCUAUGUUGGAUAAGGAGAAGGAAAAAGCUUCAUUGUGUGAUGUUAUCCUCUCAACAGAUUUCAUUUUCAAUGUUAAGUACUAUCUUGAUCAAUUGAUAGUAAACCUUGAGGCUAGAACAUGUACCUGCAAGAAAUGGGACAAAUUAGGUGUACCUUGUAGCCAUGCUAUGGCCUGUAUUGAGUUCCUUAACAAAGAAGCAGAAAUUUAUGUUGAUGAGUGUUACAGAAAAGAGGUUUACCUGAGAACCUAUGCUGCUGCCAUACCACCUAUUGAGGGUGAAAGACAUUGGCCUCGGGUGGAGUGUAAGUUGGAUCCACCUCCAAUUAAGUUGGGGCCAGGGAGGCCUAGAAGGAAUAGGAUCAGAGGCACAUAUGAGGAUCCCAAGAGGCCUAGACAAUAA